AUAUAUUGCGACAUAUAACUGUUGUGCGUCCCUUGGCGAAGCGUUUGUAUCGAGAUUUAAGCUGUAUGAAAACAAGCUUUCGGAUUUAAAUUGCCUGUGUGUCCCCUGGCGAAGCGUUUGUAUUAUAAAUUAAGUUGUACGAAAAUAAAUCAAUUUCAAAUGCCAAAAACAAGAGUAACUAAUCGCCACCUUAUUUAUGGGGUAUUUUUUUCCCUUGAUAACUUAUAAGAAUUAUGAUAUUCAUACGUGUAAGAUUACUUUGAAAUUUGACUAAUCUAAUAAAUCAAGCCCCAUUCUUUUCAUUUAGUACUAAUGCGACCCGCAAUUUCUUAUGCGAAUUGGUUUGCAGUAUCACAGUUGAUGCAUUUUGUAACAGUGCAUGAAAGGCAAUUUUGUGCUUUAUUGAGCUUAUAAUUUAAAAAAAUAAAUAUUUGACAUCUUAAUGAUUUAUUAAUUCGUGAAACAGAUUGUGUGAGAUGGAUUAAUAUGUAUUUCAAAAAUAAUCCUCUGUUUUGUAGAUAUAUUUACGAAUUUCGAAUCCCCUAAACAAUAAAUAAUGAAUUAAAUCAAUUUAUUAGAUAAAAUAAUAAACCAUUCCAAUUCAUAAUAUCUUUUUGUUGUUGUUGUUGUUGUUGCAUCGUAUAAUGGAACUUAAAUUUAUCUUGUACCACCAUUAUUGUGUCUACAUAUGGGCAGGGUCGAUACUUAAGAAUAAAAUCUCAAAAAUUUUAACUAAAUAUUAAAACUUGAUUGUAGAUAUUUUAGUAAUAUUUUGAAUAGAGCCCAUGGAUUGGAAGUUAUUUAAUUAUGUAAAAAUAAGAAGCUUAGAAAUGCUAAAUAAUAAAGAUUCUUGAUGGCAUAUAGAUUGUGUAUUUGGAUAGGAAUUUUUUUUUAUUUUUGGUCAUUGGUUUUUAUGUCUUAAAUUAAUUCCUGCUGUCAAUAAGCUUUUAAAGAAAUAGUUUUUUUGUAGAUGAAUGUAACAUGACUGAAGGGGAAACGAAAAAAAUAGUGUUGACUACUGUUUUUGCCCCUCAUGUUAAAAAACAUGCUCAAGUGCUUUUAACAGAGCCUAACAUUGGAUUAUGUCGUAGACAAGUGGAAAUAUUUAAUCCCAAGCCAUCUUUUCCAUCUUAUGAUGAAGAAGAAUCUAAUUGUGAUAAAUUCCAACUAGUGAUUCCUUAUGCUGGUGUGAAACUUGAAUGUAUGGUAAUAUUUCAGUCUUCAGCGCCUGACUGUCCACCUGAUUUUGUAUUCUCAGAUCAUAGAUUUUUUGCACCUCUUAAUCAGGUGGAAUCUUUGUGUUCGUGGGAUGUGCGUAAACCAGAUGCACUGUUAAAAGUCUUGAAAGAGAUAAUGCAAUUUUAUAAAAAAAAGCAAAUUCAAAUCUUAGACCGUUAUGAGCAAUUAAGUUUUGAAUAUUUGUGUUUAUUUCAGCUUCAGAAUUUUAAUGAAGAUGAUAUUGAGAUCUUAGUUCCAAAUGAACAAGAAAGUCCAGUUAUAUUUCUUAUUAAAUUGCAUGUUGAUUAUUGCCAAUUAUUUCCUGAUUACUAUCGAGAUGAAUCUGAUACUAGAGACUACCCUCUAUUAUUGGUGUUUUUUCCAAAUCGUGAUAGCAAUAGAAGCUAUCAAAGAGUGUAUUUGUCAAAAAAAACCCAAUCUAUCGUGACCAUUGAUGAAAAUUUCCAGUUGCCAGAUGAUGUUACUGAUAAUUAUCUUACUAGAUAUAUUAUUGCUCUUGAGAACGAGCUUAAAACAAAAAUCCAAUUAGCAGCUUCUCGUUAUGAAAGAAGAAGAAUGUACUUUGUAAAAUUUCUUACUCACUUUGAUAAAUGUAUUAUUGAAUAUGAUAGUACAUUGUAUACUACCAUGGCAUUAUUAUUAGAAGAAGGUGAUUUUUAUUUCAUCCUUGAAAUCACUUUGCCUGAUGAUUUUCCUAUAGGAACACCAGCACUUCUGUUCCGUUCAGUUUAUCACUAUUACAAAAAGGAUCCUUUUACAGCAUCUGUUGAUAAUUAUCCUUACUGUCCCACCUGGCCAUUGCAGAAAGUCUUAGAAGAAACCAUUAAGUUUAUUACUGAAUAUGUUCCUCUUUUUCGACAAGACAGUGCAGCUUUUGCUUGAAAACUGAAGAUUACCUCUUAUGGAAUGCUGGGCAUUCAACAUAGUGCACAAAAUUGCCAUUUUUUUUUUUAUCUCAACAAUUUUAGUUGUUACUGUAUUGUUUAAUCAUCCUACAUAUUUUGUUCCAUGUCUCAAGUCAUUAUUCCUUUUAAUUUUUUACUUCAAAAGAACAAGUUCAAUCUUAUUUUAUCUCAAUAUAUUAUUCACUUAUGGUCAUGCAGUUGCAUCAUUAUGCAUGUUAUAUUCCAUGUUUCAAACCAUUAUUCAUGUAAUU